AUGGCGGAGUUCCCGCCGCUGGCUCCUGUGCCCUCCCCCGCAGUGCGGAGGACCAUUCCAUCUAACGACUGGCAUGCCUGCCUAGAUGCAUGGAUGACCCUGCUCGGAAUUCGACUGAAUGCCACCGAUCAACAAUUCAAAGAUGCAGCCGCCGAAGAUCUCACCGCUGCCUCGUUUCUGGAGUCCUUCUAUCAACAUGCAGCAGCCGGAGACUCUGGUCUACAGUCUGGGCCUAAAGCUCGACGCCUACGGAAACUCUGCUUUCUCACAACAAGACGAUAUUUACUGAGCCUUUCAAACCCGCCGGAAGGUUUCUUAAACUGGCAACUUCUCGGUCACCUAUGUUGCUGCUAUCCUUCCAGUACGGCAUUGAAGACAUUAUUAUCCGCUGUGUGGGCUCUGCAUCAUGAGAAGAUAUCUGCAAGUAUAGACAAGUCAAAAUUAUUUGUGAUCAAGCAAUUAUCCUCGACCACUGCAUCACCACCACCCAAUAUCAUUUCGGACAUUCGAUGCUUGACAAUUCUGGCUUCGGUUUUGCCGAAUUGCGGCCAGGUUCUCAUGGCCGGAUCAGACUAUCUGGAUACUUUAUCAGAAGCCUACCACGCCAAGACCACGGGAGAAGAGCUCCGCAAAAUCUUCGUUGCAAAUGUCUACGUCGGACUGGUGUCUUUACUGAAAGAGACAACUAUCAAUUUGUCUCUACUGCUGGAUCAGCUAUUCAGUCUCAAGGCCAGUGCAGGCGUAGGGACACCUGGCAUGAAGAAGGAGCCAACUCUGCUCUCUGACCUUGUCUGCAGCUCGGAUCUGUUACAGCGAUUGGACAAGUAUCUUGCCAGCCACCCCCAAAAACGAGGCCAGGACCUUCUCGCCAGCUUGCGCCUGUAUCAAAUGGAUACGAAUCCCUUCCACCACCGGUAUCAAAGACGGAAAAAGGUGGACAAGGGGAAAGGGCCAUCAUCAAGUUCUGUCAUUUCGGAUUCACUUCAUGCACACAAGAUGUCACUUGUCUCACAGGUCCAGGAUCUCUUCCCAGACCUGGGGUCGGCUUUUGUCGUGAGGCUCCUGGAUACCUUCGGCGACAAUCCGGAAACAGUUGUUGCUCAUCUUUUGGAUGACUCGCUACCACCAGAGCUUCAAUCCUUGGAUCGUUCCGAACAGCUGCCUCCGCCGGCCGAGCCCAUCCACGGUCAUCUGGAACCCCGACCAACGCCGCCGGUAGAGCCAGUACGAUCUCGCAGGAAUGUCUUUGACAAUGACGUCGACAUUGCCGAACUCAGUCUUUCAGGAGACGCUGAUGGAAAACUGCGAUUCGGCCGUGCAAACCCUAGCCUCACAGCGGACGAAGUCCUUGCAGACCGCAGCCAGCACGCCGUCAACAAGGCAGCAAUUCUAUCCGCACUGGCAACCUUUGACUCUGACGACGACGAGCGAGAUGAUACAUACGAUGUCGCAGAUGUGGGCGGUACUGUUGACGGUGCUACGACGGGUACAGACGCCGAGGCCGAUGCAGUUGCGCGGAACCAGCGCGCUGCGGGCGAUCUGGUCGAUAUGACAUUACUCCGUGCCUACAAAUCCAAUCCGACACUGUUCGCACGGGACUCUGCAACCCGCCGCUCGCAGCCUCGGGCUUCACUGAAGCGUGAAACCAACAUGACAGACGAAGCUAUCGAAGGCUGGGCAGUCAUGCUAUCGCGAGAUCCAAAGCGCCUCACUAGACUCGAGGGUAAACUAGCCGACGAUGCUGGUGGAUCUGGCAGUGGUACAUUGGAUCAGCCGAGGCUGGCUCCGACAUCGUAUAGGAAACCCAAUCCUGCUGAAGGUGAUUCCGAUGACGAAGGCGAGUCUUCGGGCUACCCUGCCGGUCAUGGAGGAAAGAGUGGCGGUGGACGCGGAGGAGGAGGAAGGGGACGCGGGAGAGGUGGUCGGGGAGGUGGUCAUCCGCCUCAAUCAGGGGAGCAAGGGCAGCAAAAUAGCGCAGUGGCGCAUCAACGGAAGGAGCAGAAUAAAGCCAGUCGGGCCAAUCAUAACCGCCGCCAGCAGCGAGCGAAAAAGAUUGCGCGUGGAGGAGGUUUGCCGGGCUGA